GCUUUGGGCAACCUACCUCCUAGUCAGAAACCACCCUGCGGCCUAGGUCUUUGCUCGAUCUUGGAACAGGGGACGAGAGCCUACAAGCCCCAGAAUGGAUGCUUGGAAUACUCCAGCCAAUCCUAGAUCCCAGCCAGGCAGGUUUGGACCCCUACCUGCACGAGUCUGUUAAGCUCUCCAAACGAAUGGCUCACGGCUGCUCGUUGAGAUCUAGUAUAUAUGAUGGAGAAUAUCUUCCUCGUCUGUCUCGAGAAAGAUCACUUCUCUACCAUCAUCACUUCCUUUCCUUAACGGUAGACACUGCUGUCACUUCUUUCCUAUUUGGAAGUUUAGGUCAUUCGUUAUCCUACUUCCGCCUUUCUUUAUUUUUUUCUGUUAUAAUACAGUUUUUAUAAGAAUUACAUUCACUUAUACAAUAGGAAUUAUACAGCUAUCUAUCAAGGACAUAAUUAAAUCACAAUGAAGUACUCCUUCACGCUUGUUACCCUAGCUGCUGGCAUCAGCCAGGUCACGGCCACGGGCUUCUUUGGAUUUCACAAUGCUCCCCAAUUCAGCUGCCCCGAUAACACGGAUAACGUGUGUAUCCCCGAUAUCGUGAAAGGUAUCGACUGGUCCGAUCUUCCCUUCGGUGGAUUCGACUCGUACAAGGGAUUCAAGUGGAGCGGCUUCACUUGCGGCGAGAAGUUCGGUAAGCGGGAUGAGUUGACGUCUCGCUCUUUCCAGAGCAAGUGCAUCACCGGCAAGGCUACCUCCGAGAGGGAGAAGAGCCCUAAGAUCAGCUGCGACAACAGCAAGGGCGUUAAGAAGACCUCCAUCAAGAAGUUCCAGGUUUCGCCUGAAUUCGACUGCGAUCUCGAGUUCCACUACACUAUGCCCGACAACUCUAUUUGCAAGCACCGAUCUCCUUGCAAGGCUUCCGGUACUAUCGUCGAGAACACUCAGUGCGGUGGCGCUACCGAUGUUACCGUCGUCUACCCUAAGCAGCCCCAGAAGCCUAAGGACACUUGCGACUUCGGCAUCCACCACAUCGACUUCGACUGCGAGGGUCCUAAGCCCUCUAAGCCGUCCAAACCCGACACUCCUUCCAGCACUCCCGCUAGCAGCUCCGUCAUCGCUAGCAGCAGCUCUAUCGUUGCCAGCAGCAGCUCUGUCGUUGUUAGCAGCAGCUCCUCGUACCCUGCUAGCAGCCCCUCUGAGUCGUCGUCCUUCGCCGCCUCCAGCUCUGCCAGUGCCUCCGAGUCGGUCAGCUCCGCUUCGUCUACUGUUGCCUCCUCGACCAGCAGCGUCCCCGUUGAGAGCCCCAGCACUUCCUCGGCGCCUACUCUCCCUUUCCCCAUUGUCAACAGCACCACCUCCGCUACCCAGGCCGUCAGCUCUACUGCUGACGUCUCAUCUUCCGCUUUCUCUGUUACUAGCUACUUGAGCAUUUCCACUGUUUUCACUACCUCGGUCCACACCAUCACUAGCUGCGGUCCUUCCGUUCCCAACUGCCCUGCUGGCUCUAACACCGUUGUCACCGUUACUGUUCCUCUCUCCACCACCCUCACCCCUGUUACCGAGACUCUUGGACUUUCCACCCCCGCUACUAAGCCUACCGAAUCUGCUGCACAGCCCACCGAGUCUGCCGUUGAGUCUACUUCCGCCGUCCCCUCUGCUACCAGCUCUACUCCCGGCAGCAGCAGCAGCACUACUCCCGCCGGCCCCGUCGAGACUCUCCCCUACCCCAACGUCGUUCCCUCUUGCUUGAACACCUGGAUGUUCAGCGUUGGCUGCAAGGACAACACUGACUCUGCCUGCUACUGCCCUGAUGCCGCCUUCGUCAAGAACAUCUUCACCUGCCUGUACGCCUACGGUGAAUCUGACGAGGUUAUCUCUGAGGCUAUCAGCUACUUCCAGGGUAUCUGCGCUCCUUUCGUCCCCAGCAACCCUGGCAUCGCUACUGGCGCUGAGACCAUCACCACCAUCCUCACUGCUACUCCUACUGCCCUCCCUGCUGCUGUCACCACCAUCGAGGUUGCCACUACCGUCGUUGUUCCUUGCACCAACGAUGUCGGUGAGAUCAUCCCCAGCUCCAGCAGCACUGUGACCAUCAGCACUAGCCUUACCGUCCCCGAUAUUGGCUUCAGCACCGCCACCAACGGCCCUAGCUCUACCGGCGUUGUUAUUGUGCCCGGCACCUACGUCCACAGCGCUCCUGUUGCUACUGCUACUCCUACUCCUGCGACUCCUGCAACUCCUGCAGCUCCCGUCUCGAACGCCAACCCCACUGGUCCUGCCCCCUACCCUACUUUCGGUGGCUCCACCACUCUGAUCACCGCUGCCCCCUCCGGCACCGGUGUCCUCUACCCUACCGCGGGCGGCAGCAGCACGGCCAUCGUCACCGCCGGCGCUGCCCACGUCGGCGCCGGCAUCGGCUUCCUCGGCUUCGCCGGUAUGGUUGUCGCCGCCGCCCUAUAAAGCGGAUAAGCGACAACUAGGUACAUUUUACCUACCAAGUGUCUAGGUACCUAGCAGUAGCCUCGAUCGUAGGCGAGUUUCUUUCCACUGUACAGUAACAGUAACAACAACAACAACCCUGACCUACAGCCGUCACAUAAGAUUCUUACGAUCCUUACGAAACGAACUUGCAUAUUUUUUUAUUUCCUUUUUGGGGAAAACCUGGCAACAUAAAAAGAUGGGUUUUCUCUUUCUUUUUUAUAAUUCGGACGAGCAUAUCUAGGCAGAGCUCGUCGGAGUGGUGAUGGACUUCUUUCUCCCCUUUAUCUCGAUGAAGGCGAGAUCGGGAGAGGUCGUGCGGGCGGCUUAGGCGAGGGGAGUGUGUAUAAAACCAUGGAUGAACUUGUAGUAAUAGUAAUACCCCCACAAAUAAAAAUUAGCUGUGCUUGAAAUUUACUAUCGGGUCUUUCUUCUGGUGUUAGUGAUGGUACUUAUUCAUAAGUUGGCGUAUUGUUAACAAUGUUUGUUGAGUCCUUAAGGGUUCAUUCAACGUAUCUCAUAUCUACAAAAUAAGGUACCUCUGACAAACGGGUUCUAAGUAAAUAACGGGAGGUACAUACGUCAGGUACCUACCUAGGUACCUACCUAAGGUAGGAGGUAUCUAUAAUCAACUCGGU